AUGUGGACCGAACCUCUCACCGAUCUUCGAACACGGGUGCAUAGCAAUCGAAGACUAGAUCCAGGGCCAAGCACGGCUGAAUGCAUCGCGUGCGAAGUCCGAGCCCAAGUCGUUCAUGAUGGACCGUACGUUCGCACAACUGCUAUGUCAAGUGCGCAGAGUAUGACUUUGCCACACUUGUGCGCCGUCUACGGGCAGGAAGGGAUGUCAAGGGUGCGUCCAUUCGGCACAGACCAGGCUCGGCUUGCAGUACUUCAGAGCUACUGCAUGUCUCUGCAGCUCCCUUCCCGACCGUUUGGGACACUAUAUGUCCUUCACAGGACCUUCGAUCUGGACUGA